AUGGAAGACGAUGAUAAAAGCUGGAGUGCCAACAAGGCACAUGGAUCAGGUGUAAAUAGCGAUGUGGAGUCUAACACGGCCAGAAAAUCACUUAGCAGCUCUGAAUAUGGUGAAGAAUUUCAAGACCAACGAUCCCUCCAGAGACACUUAUCAAAAAGAUCUUUGAAGUGUUUGAACAGGAAGAAAUGUUUUAGAGUGACACCCAAUGUAAAUAUCCAGGAAAGAGACCACACAGGAAAUGAAACAGUUCGAUGUGAUGUUUGUGGAAAAAUAUUCAGUCAUAAAACACAUCUCAGUGUACACAUGAAAAUCCACACAGGAGACAAACCAUUCAGCUGUGAGGAAUGUGGACAAAAUUUUGGUCAAAAGACACACUUAAACCGACACAUGAGAAUCCACAUGGGAGACAGACCAUUCAGCUGUGAUGAAUGUGGACAUAGAUUUAGUCGAAAGACAAGCUUAACCCAACACAUGAGAAUACACACAGGAGACAAACCAUUCAGCUGUGAUGAAUGUGGACAUAGAUUUAGUCAAAAGGCAAACUUAACCCAACACAUGAGAAUCCACGCAGGAGACAGACCAUUCAGCUGUGAUGAAUGUGGACAUAGUUUUGGUCGAAAGACAAGCUUAACCCAACACAUGAGAAUUCACACAGGAGACAAACCAUUUCGCUGUGAUGAAUGUAGACAUAGAUUUAGUCGAAAGACAAGCUUAACCCAACACAUGAGAAUCCACACAGGAGACAAACCAUUCUGCUGUGAUGAAUGUGGACAUAGAUUUAGUCAAAAGACAAGCUUAACCCAACACAUGAGAAUCCACACAGGAGACAAACCAUUCUGCUGUGAUGGAUGUGGACGUAGAUUUAAUGAAAAGAAAAGCUUAAACGUACACAUGAGAAUCCACACAGGAGACAAACCAUUCAGCUGUGAUGAAUGUGGACAUAGAUUUAUUCAAAAGACAAGUUUAACCCAACACAAGAGAAUCCACACAGGAGACAAACCAUUCUACUGUGAUGAAUGUGGACAUAGAUUUAGUCGAAAGACAAGUUUAACCCAACACAAGAGAAUCCACACAGGAGAAAGACCACUCAGCUGUGAGGAAUGUGGACAUAGAUUUAGUCGAAAGACAAACUUAAACCAACACAUGAGAAUACACACAGGAGACAAACCAUUCAGCUGUGAUGAAUGUGGACAAAGAUUUAGUCAAAAGACAAGCUUAAACCGACACAUGAGAAUCCACACAGGAGACAAACCAUUCAGCUGUGAGGACUGUGGACAAAGAUUUAGUCUCAAGACAAACUUAAACCAACACAUGAGAAUCCACAGAGGAGACAAACCAUUCAGUUGUGAUGAAUGUGGACAUAGAUUUAGUCAAAAGACAAGCUUAAACCGACACAUGAGAAUCCACACAGGAGACAAACCAUUCAGCUGUGAGGACUGUGGACAUAGAUUUAAUCAAAAGACAAGCUUAACCCAACACAUGAGAAUACACACAGGAGACAAACCAUUCAGCUGUGAUGAGUGUGGACAUAGAUUUAGUGAAAAGACAAGCUUAACCCAACACAUGAGAAUACACACAGGAGACAAACCAUUCAGCUGUGAGGACUGUGGACAUAGAUUUAGUCAAAAGACAAACUUAAACCAACACAUGAGAAUCCACAGAGGAGACAAACCAUUCAGCUGUGAUGAAUGGAAAGUUUUGGUCUCACUCUGUACUGCUUAA